AUGGAUUAUGUCUCAUUCAUAUCCGGCCGGGGACAACCAAAUGCAUUAUCCUCAGCAGCUAUUUCUGCCCUGUGGACCUGUUUACAGGCGGGUGAGCAAGUUGUUACAUGCAGACACUUCGCCAAUUUUUCGCGCGAAAAGCAUUCACAAAUUCCUGACAUCCCUACCUCAUCGAAUACAAUAGUACCAGCCCUGUCGCGUGUCUACGGAGUUAGAGUAACAAGGAAGGCAAGGCCGCCCAUAGGACAACCACGGCGGGGAGUCGCGCUGCAGCGCAGUGGGGGAAGGCCCACAGCUGAGCGCCGGUCCGCCUCCCCCGUCCAGCCGGCCAGUCUUCGCGCGUGCCCGGCCGGACAUCGACCGGCCCCAGCGCCCUCCCGCGGACUCCCGGCCCACGUGGGCUGGCGCGCGCCCCACUGCAGCGUCAUGUGCGUCGUUGCUGUCGGCUUCUUGGCGAGAAAUCAACGCAUCAUGUGUCGCAGUAGUAUCUUGCAGGAUCCAAAUUAGGGCAUGAAGCUCGAUGUCUACAAGGAAGAUGCAUUAACCAUUAGUAACACAGAAGGAAGGUGGUAGCUUGAACGUCAAUUACUAGAAGAGACUUGUGAACAAAUCUGGAGUACAGGUGCUUGUGUUCUGAGUGUCAGUCGGAUCGUUAUCGUCCAGUGAAGAACUAGUGCAGUGAACUUCGAUGAACGCGUCCAUUAUGCUGUAAUUGACGCAGAGAAUAAAUUUAACCCUUACUUCUGCAAAGACCACUUGGAGAGAACUUUGUUAACACGUGUAUCAGGCUGUCGCUUCCUUUCCCUUGCUAACAAAUGAACUACCAUAUGAAAAUCCUUAAAACAAUGUUUGUGUUUUCCCAUUGAGUAAAUCCGAUCAUCGCUGACAUAACUUUCACCGUGAAACUUAACUCUUCCAUUACAAGCAUCCCGUGAAAACCUGAAGAAACUGAAAUGCUUCCAUUCAGUCGAUCGCCGGUGCUUGUGAGGCAUUGACAAAUGUGAGUGACCGAUGAGGCGCAAAGCAAAUCAACCAUUUCAGAACUAUGACCAAUGCUUUUAAGAUGUCAGAUACCACAUGCAAAGUUGCCAACGAUUUAAUAAGGAAACACGUGUGACGUCAAGGGCGAAGUGAAUUAUUUACUCCCUCUUUCUAUCAGCAAAUCAAUGAAUUACGGAUAGAGGUGAGACAUUUUGAAAAUCACUGCGCCUGGUCAGCCCAGCGGAGUAAAAUUUCCACCGCGAGCUGCAAUGCGAACUUUCUAGCGAGCGAGAGCGAGAAGGGGCGUUUAGUGGACGGGGCGUCCACGAGAAAGGGAAAAGUUUUGAAGUCCAGCCGUGCGCGCGCGCCAGCAGUCACGGAAGUCGCCCCGUGACUUACUGCGUCUGUGACGCCAGUGCGCGCGGCAGGCAGCUCCGCAGUUUACGGGUGACCUUUCCCGCCGCUGCCAUUUGCGUCCGCUCAACCCGCCGGUGGCUGCGUGCAACCUCAAGGCAGCGGCCGGAACAGGGCGUCCGCACUGGGCCUAUCGACACCAGGACACAUCGGGACUCGUCUGGAACGCCCGGCUAACCCGCUUCGUUUCGGACGCCUCUCACUGCCUGCGAAUUACGAGUCAAGACUUUCACGAAGGAAAACUUAAGUGGCCGAUUCAAUUUCCGCGUUUCGAUUCUUGCAUUAGCCUUACUGCCUGUAAGCCAAAACUUCUAGCUGCAGGGAAAGAAAAAAUAUUGAGAGAAAUCGAUUAAAGUAGUCUGCACAACAAUUUGAAUCCUACGCCUGGAUAGGAAUGCUCACGGUUGGAUCACCCCAGUGAAAGCGUCGUGACGGAUUCGUCUCUCCCUACGUUCCACAUCUCGGCAGACCAGCCGAAUAGCCCAACCACGUGCCCCUCACCCAGCAGGGCUUCCACCGCCAACACUCGUCGUCCAAAGACGGAAGCCGCCGGCCAAAAAACGGCCAGCUGGAACCUGCGAGGCAAAAAGGCGGGCCGCGAGCGUUGGGAGGGGGCCGUGGAGGUAGCGCCCCCAGCGUCGGCUUGUUGCAGCAGUCUGCAGUGGCGCUGCGGAGGGUUCGGUCUCCCCGGCCAAGGGAAUGCAGCAAGCGGUGCCGUGCGUGAGCAGAGUGCGUAGAUCUCGACGCAAUAAAAUAACACAUGAACGUUACGUGCGUGGCAUCGCAAGAGACGGAGUGUAUUACGAGUUUCUCGCCGUUACGGAGUGGAAAAUAUAGAUAAGUGCGUGAAACAUUGCGUGUGUGUUUAGUUUAAUUUACUUUUUAUUUUGCGACAGUUUUGAAUUUAGUGAUAACGAUUCUUCACUGAAUAGAAGAUUUGUGAAGCUUCCACUGCCAGUGUAGAUCAGUUGCAGUAAAUCUCAUCAACAAAUGCUUCUAAUGUGUGGCCGUAGCCGACAAUGAGUUCAAAACUUCGCUUGGAUGCGGUAUACGAAUAUUGUCUAGUCGCGAACCUCUCUGCAGCGCAGCAGGCAUACUCGGUGCGUGUAACGGGGUAUGGUGCUCUGCGGUGAAGUGCUGGAGU